UUGAAAUAGAUCUACUUUCACUUUCUAUUUUCUGAAAAUAUUUUUCUUGAAAAUUACCGGCGGAACGGGUUAGUCGAGGUGACCCGUCACUUAAUUAAAGUUCAACAUAGUUACUAAACCGUAUCAAGGCUGUGCACAUUCAUACAACAUUGGCAAUGUUAACUGGGGUGGUGGAUUCAUUUUUACACACUGACAUAUUCAGAGGAUAAAGUAUUGAAAUGGCGUCAAGUGAAGACAGCGAUGACUCAGCUGAAGAUGGUCCCGAAUACAAUGCAAUAAUUCAACCACCGCUGAUCAAACAACUAAAGAAAAUACUAGACGAGUACCCGGAUGAUGGGCAGAUUCUUAAGGAAAUCAUUCAGAACGCCGAGGAUGCGGAGGCGUCUCAGAUGAAAAUUCUGUUUGAUGAAAGAAUAGUCAACACUGAAGAUGGAACUAAAGAAAAGAAGUUCAAAAAAUAUUUCAAGGGUCCAGCGUUGUGUGUAUAUAACAAUGCCAAAUUUACAAAAGAUGACUGGAAAGGAAUACAGAUGAUAAAUAGCAGUGUUAAAGAGUUUGAUCCUGUAAAGAUCGGGCGGUUUGGACUGGGAUUCAAGUCGGUCUUUCACAUAACAGGUUAG